AUGACAAGCAAUCCUCAACAUCCCUCACCCUCGACAGCUUCUCGUCCCAGCUGUAGUUUUUUCGCUGACCACUUAGGAAGGCCAGAGAACGUUAAGCAUCCGGCGAGACUUGGGAAAUGUAAAUUGUGCCUCGACCUGCGCUGGCCAGACUUUGGGAUGCUCGAAUACAUGGGCGGCAUGGUAGAUCACCCGCGCGCAGAUCAAGAUGACAGCUACAAACCUAUGAAAUGCAAUCGCCUCCUCCUUGGGUUCAAUGGCUAUGGCUUAGAUUCUGUCUAUCCUCCAUUCGAUCCAGGCAGAUCGCGGAAGGAAUUCGAAAGCGAAUUCACACGCCACACUGAUCUUGCUGGGGAACGUUGGAAACGAUUGAAUCGACUGGUGCUGGGCAACGAGAAAGCGAUCCAGGAUGCGAUCAUCAAGCUCUCACAAGGAGAUUUCAAAGACGAAAAAGGCGAGACUCUCGACAUCGAGAACUUCUUAAACAUUAGCUGGGAAGCGGCCAGAGACGAAUACAACGCCAGGCAUGCAACAAAGCCUGGCAAAUUAACAAGCGGAUUUCGUCUGGACGCCAAGGGCGGCAUGGCACCUAACCGCUCUGCCGAUCUUGAUGUAUUUUCUUUGGUCUAUCUCACGUGCCAGCAGCCGGAGGACAGAAGUAAAAACAUGGCCAGAGAACGACAUUAUCCGCUUUAUCGAAAUGGAGCCAACUACAGGAGCAACGAAGAUGCCUUUCUCAAGGCUAUCCGAGGCACCGAAAGCAGCUUUGAGGGCCUGGCGAAGCCUGCGAGGCUACGAAACGAUCAGAACAAACUCAAGUUCAACGAGGGCAUUGAAGAAUUCCAGGAAAAUAUCAGGGCCAGUUUUCUCGUCCCGCACAUAAACGUGCUGGACCUGACGAACACGUUCAACUUACUCACGUUCAUACAUAAUCGAGCUCGAUUUCUUCCCGAAGAAUUUCUUUACAAGGACUAUGAUGCCAUGUACAUGGGAAAUUCUACACGUAUCUUAUCCGGAGCCUGCGACCCCUCGUGCUCAAUCGAAUUCAAAAAGUUCACCCAAGGAACGGAAAACGAGGGUGGGUUUCCGGUGAAGCCUCUGUUUCGUUACCAGCACUUGAGGCAGGGACAAGGGCAAGACCUUAUCAGAGUUGGUCAGCCCUUUUACAGCAUGGGAGGAUGGCUUAUAAUGCAAUCGCAGGCUAUUACAUGCCUGUUCCUGACCAGUUUCUGCGAGCAAAUGCUUCAUCUGGUGAAGAAGAAGCCUGUCGAUGAUCCGCCGAACAGCCUGACACACGAGCAAAUGCUGGACAUGGAGCUUGAAGCGGGAAAAACCAUCGAAGCAAUCAGAGGAGAUAAGCAAGUCGAGACUUUGGACGACAUAGAGGCCAUACGACAAUACGAGCUGACUUAUGACGGUACCAACUUUGCCAGGUACGAGGAGAUGCUCACUCAACAAAGACAUGAAGCAGAGCAGCAUGUCAGCAUACUUUUCGAUGAUCCGGACUAUUUCGCCAGGGCAAUCAUCGAAGAAAAGGAGCACCACUGGGGCAAUCUGUACGUCGGAUACGAUGGCGAAAGGAUAGGCCAGCAUGUUCACGACUAUUACACAAGCAUUACUAAACGUCAGGAACUGUAUCUUGACUGCAUGAGGGCUGUUAUUCGAAGGGCGUUCUUUGAGUUUUUCAUCUGGGAUGCGGUCUGGCGUGCUCUCAAAGAUCUCAAACGCUACGAAGAUGAAAAGUUUAAGGGGUUGUCUGGCGUAGAAUAUAUUCGAGGUGGCAAGCGACGUGUUACUCGAAGAAGUCAACUCAGUUACGACGACGAUCAAGAGUACCUGGAAAAACAUAGAGUGGUCCAAUCUCUAUUGCGACAAGCUGCGGCCUUUUUCGUUUUCGAGUUUCGCAAGAACGCAAUUCACGCAGCCUCACCACCCAUGCGCGGCACUUAUUGCAUUCCCAAUGCUGAUAAGAAGCCAGCUAAACUGGCUGACAGCUUUUGCACUGCUCCAAACAUUGAGCUCAGAUUUCGACAUCAGGCUUCAAACGAGGAACGGUCACAAAUACCCCGUAUGGUUCUCGAGCUCAUUGAGAAUUUUAUUUCCAACAGAGCGUCAUCGAUGUUUGUUGGCAUGCGAAAAACAACGUCCAGAGUACUGCGGUAUUUCGAGGAAUGCGAAAGUGAUGACGGGACAAGUGAAAAGUUCUCUAACCUGGUUCGAGGCACUAUCAAGGGCUUGAAUAUACUUUCCGAAAUUGUUGAUCACAUGGAUGAACAUAUGCCUGAUGCGAUGCAUUUCUUUCAUACGAUAGGAGAUGCUAAAAAAGAUGGCAAUGUCGAUAACACUCUUUGCCAACAAUUCACCAAAGCGCUCAUGCAACAAAACUCCUACGACCUUCUUGCUCUAGACGGCUGUGCAUUUGGAACACCGCAUGUACCCCAAAAGCGAAUUAUACGCAUCUACGAUUUUCUUGACGAGAUACAGGGGAUUGGGAAACGCAACGAGAACUCCUAUGGCGCUGCGAGAGGUGACAUCAAGCGUUUUGGCUCAUCUCUCCUGAAAGGCCUCGUCUUCCCUCUCGCUCGAAAGGACAAAGAUCUCAAAUAUAAACUAAGAUUCGGAAAUGGGUUUACGGUCUCGCAAGAAGCUUUGGAUCGUCUGACGGGACAUAUGAGGAUCACGGCAGACCAGUGGCCUUUCGUCACUGGUGAAAAGCCAUGGAACAACCUGGAACGGGCCGAUGCAGAUAAUCCUCAGCACUACAGAGGAAUCUGGGAAGAUCUCAAAGAAGCUAUGCAGAAACUGAGCAAGCAGAACCGAGAAAAGCUGAAAAGACCCCGGAAGAAACCCCAGAAGAUUGAUUCCAGACCAUUGGACCAGUAUGACUUUGUGGCUGAUGAGGUCAAGCUGGCCCGCACUAUGGCGGAUAUCUCAAAACGCCAGAUGCAAGACUGUGUCACGAAGAGGAUAAAGAAGAAGAACACAAUCGACCGGAGGCUCAGACAGCAAGAGGAAGCCAGGCAGCGUAUAUUGGCAGCACAAGAUGCGAUUAUGCAAAAUGCGAUCGACCAGAACGUUGCCCCGGAUGCUGUACUGCCACCGCCGGUGGCCCAAGACGAGCCCGAGGAUGUCGAGGAGUUGGUUCAAGCAAUGGACAUUGAUGAAGAGGCCGAACCAGAACCGGAAGAAGAAGCGCCUCCAGUUGUUCAAGACUAUGACUCCAGGAUUCCACUAAGGAAAGGCUGCUGGGAAACGUUGGACGCGAUCAUUUCCGAUAACUCUGUAAACAAACUAAGGAUCGCAUACCACGACGUUGCCAAGGCUCUCGAUGCCAUUGGAUUCGAGCCAAAGUCGAAAUCAGGAUCUCAUGUUACAUACGGCUAUCAGCGUGGAUUCCCGCCUUUCCCAAACGUAACUGGUCUUACGAUUGUCAAGCCUCACGGAAGCAUAGGGGAGAACGCAAACGUGCCUCCACCCAUCUUGAGAGAUUGGAGACACUACAUUAGAGAACGGGGUUUGACCCUCGAGAAAGUGGAGGAAAGGUACAGUAGAUGA